AUGUUGUCUGACAUACAAGCAUCUACGGAUUCCGAGCGCAUAACGAUCGACCAGCUUAUAGAUGCUGAAAAAGCAGAUGACUUGGAGGAAUCCAACGAAGUCGGUCCCGGAAUUCUUGUUAAAAAUCUUGAUCAAAAUAUCAUCAAAGGACUUUACCUUCGUGGUUUGGUUUACAUUGAUAUUCCAGUGUCUUCUGACGACAAGAUAUGUGUCCCUACACUUGAGGGCUUCGUAAUGAAUCGUAUCAGUGGAGAUAUUAGAGAAAAUCUUUUAUACAAGAUUUUUGUCACUGCUGAUGAGAAUACAUCGGUUAGUGAACUAGCCGAGUGUCUGCAGGUAGAUGUGAAUUCAGUAAAACAAGCUGCUUCUAUAUUUUGUCGGUUGGGGUUCGCUCAAAAACGAAUUGGACGUCAGGAGAGUCGAACACAGCCUUUUCAAACUCCAAUAUCCAUUGAGGAGUCUGAUACGCUGCUACACACGGAAAACUCAGUUGUCGACGCAAACUUAGAUUCUUUUCCAUCUGUAGAUGACCACCCUCAGCAGAAAAAAAAGUUGGUUCUGAUAUUUGAUUCGACCAUCACAGCUUAUCUCAUGAUGGGCAAUUUAUCACCCAACUUAAAGCCUCAUGCAGUUACAAUGUUUGAAGUCGGGAAAUUAUCAGAUGAUUCAUUGAAUUCUUUCAUAUUUGAAUUAAACCAUCUUGCUCCUGUUUCAGAAGGUGAAGCCGGAGUUUAUCGCGAGUAUGCUCUGAAUUUAAGAAAAACAAUCCACUUUUUGCGUAGUCAGGCUUCAUUAGACUCAACGGACUUUUGUGAUGUGGAUUUAAUUAGAGGUGGUUCGUUGUUAAGUUUAGAGGCUGAAACACGCAUACGAGUUUUGCGCAAAAACUAUAACGUAGUUCAAUACAAUUCAAAGAAAACAGAAUCCAGUGUUAAUGUAUUGCCUACUCUUUUGAUAACAUGUGGUACUAGAAUAUCUAGACUUCCAUUACCUUUACGAGGAAUUUCACGCUUCUGGCUUACUGCAUGGGGUCAUGAUGCUGUAGUGAUAGACUCAACUAAUUUUUUAACCACAGCAAACGAUAUGCUUCUAUCAUCACCUGUACUUAUCCAAGCUAUCGAAAGUUAUGAAUUUGAAGAAAAUUUAUCCCAGAGGUACAUACCUUUACCUAUUUCCAAGGAAUUCCUACAACAUUCAUCCAAUUGUGUACCAGAAUUCAUAAUACAUCUUAUGAACGUUAUCGAUUUAACCUAUGUCUCUGGAUAUAUCAUAGUACUGGCUCCAAUGAACAAGAAAGCUGUUUUAGUGGAAAAUGAAUUGCUCACUAUUAUGAAAGAGCAUAAACCAAUCUAUUUCAUUACUUUACGUCUAGGUUUGCCCAUUUUUAACAUGGAAUUAAAUCACGCAGUUUGUGCUCAAAUAUCUAAUCAGAAUUUACUGUCCACUAAUAACCGCAAUCAUCUUAAAGCUACUAAUCAUCUACUUGUUGAAGAAUUUACAAAAUUUAUUUUUAAUGACUGUUCAGGUUUGUUACCUAACCAAAACCAAUGUAGUUAUUCAACCCUUGUUACCAGUUCUGGUGGUAAUUUUCCUGAUACCUGGCCCCUUCCUACAAAAAAUAUGAUGUGCGCUAAUGGUAUUUUGUCAUUUUUUUAG